UAAAAUAUAUUUACAAUGAUACUAUUUGAAGUCAUAUUCAAGAUGUCGCUUCCACAGUCCUCCAUUGGGAUUCAUUCUACUCAUUUUCCUCAAAGAUUGCCAGAUAAAGAGACGUUGUGGCAGAAUUCGUAUAUUGAGGCAUUCCAGAAAAACUAUGAAUCAGUUCAGCGUUGGACAAGAUGGAAGGAGGAUCAUGAGGCUGUUAAAACUGCCUUGUCAACUCUACCUGACCAAUUAUCCCAUGAGGUAGUGAUUCCCUUUGGCACUAAGGCAUUAGUGAAAGCUAAGCUUGUACACACAAAUGAAAUUUUAACGAGUAUAGGGGGCAGUUAUUUUGUCAAACAAUCUGCUAAACAAGGAAUCGCUUUAUGUGAUCGAAGGAUAUCAGAUUCUGAAGAAAUGCUCAAAAAGCUUGAAGGCGAAAGAACUCUUCUGUCUAAUCGUCAAACACUUCCUAAACUGGAAGAAGCUUUUCCUGAUGACACUAAAGAGAUUAUUGAAGAAUACAAUGAAGAGGCAGAGGCAGAAUGGAGAAAACAACACAGAAAAAAAGAAGCUGAAUACCGUCGUAAAUUAGCAGAUUUGAGGGAAAAGCAGAGAGAAAAUCCACAAAUUAAGACAGAGGAAGAUAUAUUUAGAAGGCUUGAUGAGUUAGAAUUGGAAGAGGAACUAAAUGAUGAACUUGAAAGGUUACAUGCUGAAUAUGAAGCUGACUAUGAAAAUAAUAAUGAAGAUGAUGAUGGUGAAAGUUCAGAGGAUGAAGAAACUGGGGAUAGUGACAAUGGGGAUUCAGUGAAAAUUCCAAUUUUUUCAAAGCAAAGUAGCACAGUUGUGGAGGUGGAAUCAGAUAACGUACACUCCGUCAACACUUUGCUACACAAUCGAAAAGAAACUAAUACUGACAUUCACUGUUCUAAAAGUUCAAAAUCUCUUGAUAUACCCAGCAGCUCACUAUCACCCCUAGAGGCAUGGGGGGAAAAUUCUUCCGUCAAAUUUGAAACUGGAAAGAAAAGCAGGAGAAUAUCUUUUGCUGAUGAGUCUCAAAAAUUGCCUGUGGUGUGCAAAGACAAAUUAGAAGAGGUGAAACUUGAUGAGCGUAUUUAUGUAAGGUUCCAACAUUCAAAUGAGCCUCCGAAACAACCUCUCAGCCAAUCAGCUUCAUUGAGAAUGGAAAAGGAUGAAUCAUCUUUAUAUCUUACACCAGCUGAUAUAUAUAAUUCUUAUAAAUCAAAUUUAAAGAGUCCAUCACCCAAGUCAAUUCUCAAGAAGAGUUCAUCAUAUCCUGACAAAUUUCAAAAUAAGAAGCAAGAGAAGCCAAUUCAAACAUCUGCGUCGUUUGGUAGUGAAUUUGGGCUGAAGUCUUUUUCUAGUUCAGAAGAGGAUGAAGAUGUUACCGUUAAUUAUCAGCAAGCACGAGACCUUAGCCAUUUGCCUCCGGUUUUAUGUGAUGUACAGGAAUCAACUACAAAGCAACUUCAGCGCAGUGCCCAAGAGCCUUCACAAAGACCUGUUAGCCGCUUCAAACAAGCAAGGCAAAGUGGCAAAAAGUCUUAAUCUCUAUUUUUUCUGGUUUUACAAAAUCACCAUUUUUGCUAAAACUAUUUUUUUUCCAUUAAAAGUUACACUGAAACUA